GCCACCCUCAUGAACAUACAAAGGUCCACCCCGAUCACGAUCUCACGCUAUGGCCGAGCGCGGACCAAGACCCAGGAUUUCGAGGAGCUGUCGUCCCUGAGGUCCGCCGAGCCCAGCCCCAGCUUCAGCCCCAACCUCGGCUCCCCGAGCCCGCCCGAGGCGCCCAACUUGUCGCAUUGCGUUUCCUGCAUCGGGAAAUACCUGCUGCUGGAGCCUCUGGAGGGGGACCACGUCUUUCGGGCCGUGCAUCUGCACAGCGGGGAAGAGCUGGUGUGCAAGGUGUUCGAUGUGGGCUGCUAUCAGGAGUCUCUGGCCCCCUGCUUCUGCCUGCCCGCCCACAAUAACAUCAACCAAAUCACCGAAAUCCUCCUCGGGGAGACCAAGGCGUACGUGUUCUUUGAACGGAGCUAUGGGGACAUGCAUUCCUUCGUGCGGACCUGCAAGAAGCUGAAGGAGGAGGAGGCCGCCAAACUGUUCUACCAGAUCGCUUCGGCUGUGGCUCACUGUCACGACGGGGGGCUGGUCCUUCGGGACCUCAAGCUUCGGAAGUUCAUCUUCAAGGACGAGGAAAGGACCAGAGUAAAACUCGAGAGCCUAGAAGAUGCGUACAUUCUGCGAGGUGGCGACGAUUCCUUGUCUGACAAGCACGGUUGCCCAGCCUACGUGAGUCCGGAGAUCCUGAACACAAACGGCAGCUACUCCGGCAAAGCUGCGGACGUUUGGAGCCUGGGUGUCAUGCUGUACACCAUGCUGGUUGGACGUUACCCUUUCCAUGACAUUGAGCCCAGCUCCCUCUUCAGCAAGAUCCGGCGUGGGCAGUUCAACAUUCCAGAGACACUAUCGCCCAAGGCUAAAUGCCUCAUCCGUAGCAUCCUGCGGCGGGAGCCCUCCGAGCGGCUAACCUCACAGGAAAUUCUGGACCAUCCUUGGUUUUCGACAGAUUUUAACGUCUCAAAUUCGGGAUAUGGUGCUAAGGAAGUAUCUGACCAGCUUGUGCCAGAUGUCAACAUGGAGGAAGAUUUGGACCCUUUUUUUAAUUGAGCGCACUUAAAGACUCAGUGUUUCAAAGGUACGCGAGUCACAUGAAGGAUCCCUUCUUGACUGAAUUCUACCUACCACCCACAUCGGCCUAGCUUGGUAGCAAAAGAGGGACAUACUCACGAAUUCUUGGGUACAAGGAAGGAAGAUCCACCCAGAGAGAGCUGCCCUACCCCACCACAUGUAGCAUGGGGCGGGGGGAGGAUAACUGAGGUUGAGCCGGGGUGGGGUGGGCCAGGGCAGAACUCUGCUAUCAGGGUAGAUCGCUGGGAGCAAAGGCAGCAGGGAAAGGUCAUGACUCCCUUCGACGUACCUUGGCUCCAAGGAGACGGCACAUGUCAACUCUCAAUUCUAGGGGCAGCUCUUGACCACUCCGAUUUCUGUUUUGUUUCGCAGAUCUCGAUGGGAUAGAAUCUUUCUUCUUUUUUUUCCCCCUUUUUUGCAUCAGACACACAUCUUGGCAUCGCACUGUUAGUAUUUAAUUCCUUGUCAUUUUUUCAGGGAAGGGACAAUUGGCCGAUGAUUUUUACUUUUAAAGAAAACAACCAACCUGUCCAAUAACUAAAAGGACUCACUCUGACACAAAACAAAAGCCGGUGCCAAAUGGGCCGGCGUGUGAAAAGUGGGUGCUAAAAUUGAACACAGGAAGAGUUCAGUUCAUGUCUGAUCUGUUUCUUCUAAGUCAACUAGUUCAUAUUCCCAUCGAGAGUUGACAUUCGAGGGCUUUGUUCCCCUUCUGGGGAAGGAUCUCUCCUUCAGCAGACCCUUCUGUUUUGUGUUGAAUGGGUUGUCACAGGAAGCUAUUAGGACUCUGAACUUUCAGGAGCAUUACUGCUACGAGAGCUAAUUAUCGUUUUUUAAUAGAAAAAGAGAGGGACGUUGCAAAAGGUUAGAGAAGCUCAUAUACUUUGUUAAUGAUGAGAAGUGUUGGGAACGUGGGUUUCCCUCUUUGCUGUGCUUAUUGGCAGAAGGGCCAGAGAGAUUGGGAAGCCAUGAAGUCACUGUGUGACUGUGGUCCAGUCAUGUCUCCUCUCGACCUCAGUUUCUUCCUCUGUAAAAUGAAAGGGUGAUGAUUGAUAAAGUCCCUUCCGACUCUACCAUCCUAGGUUGCAGGCUCCCUCCGGGUCUCACAUUGGACUCUUCUGUGAUUCUCCACAUGACUACAUCACAACUGGUUGACCCCAGGGUAAAAUACAAGGUCCAGUCCUUGUCGUCUUUCAGAGAAGAGCCCAGCUCUGGUGGAGCCUGUCUGCUGGCCGCCCCACUGGAAUGGGGGGGGUCAGUUUGCCUGCAGCUUCUGAUUAAAAAAAGAGCUCCUCCUCCUAAUACUCACCAGAGAGGAAAGAUGCACCUUCGUUUUGUAUUGUAUUGUCCGGAAUCACGCUAUUUAUUAAGGAAAAAGUCACAGUCAUGAUCUAUUAAUGCCAGUAUGUCCCUUACGGGUUCCCCGGGAUGACGCGUUCCAUGCUGUAGCUGACAGUUAUCAUUUUUUCUUUUCUCCUUUCUCUGGUUGGGUCUUUCUGUCCCUGAAAUGCCUGUCCAUUUGGCUUUCCUAGGUAGCGAGCUCUCUUUGAUUUCGCCUGGCAGAUUCCCGCUUUUCUCUUUCUGUAUGAUAAGGAACUCCCUCAGCCCCCCGUCUUUGUGUUUCCAGUAUGUACCUCAUUGUUGGGACUUGACUGCCUGUAUGUGUGUGUGUGUGUGUGUGUGUGUGUGUGCCCGUGCGUGCGCGCGUGCACGUGUGUGCUUUGUGAAAUGGUCACACUUUCUGGGUAGGUAGGAUGUAAAUGUUACUUGAAUUUGUGUUUUGUUAGAGUAUGUGGCAUGUACAUGCAGAUGCUUGGAUGCUACUACCAACCUGCCCGGCAGGAUAUAACACAGUCACACUCGCAAGACAACGGUUCCCAGGAGACAGAGCUGCCGCCGACCUGCCCUCGGUUUAAUUUGGGUCACUGAGACUCUACAGGAGGAUUGUUUUAUUUUAUUUUAUUUUUUACACUCUAAAGAUGGUGCUGUGUCAAGAAGGACUUCCCCACCCCACCCCGUCCCCAUUUGUUUGUCUGUCUGGUUUCUCCCUCCCCCAUUCCCCCCCUGCCUCAUUUUUUAAGUCCCUUGUAGGAAGAAAGAUCAGUGAUGUGCAUGGCGGGGCUCUCCAACCUCUGGUGCUCUGUCACAGAUUUCGAUUUCAUGUUUUUGUCCUAAUCUCUUCAAUAAAUAAAGUUGUGCAUAUUUAACUAAAA